GAGACGAUCCAGGGCCUGCGAGCGAGUCUCACCUGUGCCAUAGAAACCCUGUGUGACGUGGACUCCUCCGUGGCCGUGUCCUCCGGCGGGAAGCUCUUCCUGCGCUUCAUCAGCCUGACUUCCCUGGAAUACUCUGAUUACUCUAAAUGUAAAAAGAUCAUGAUUGAGCGGGGAGAACUUUUUCUCAGGAGAACAUCCCAAUCGAGAAAUAAAAUUGCAGAUCUGUGCCAUACUUUCAUCAAAGAUGGGGCGAAAAUAUUAACUCACGCCUACUCCAGAGUGGUCCUGAGAGUUUUGGAGGCAGCAGUGGUGGCCAAGAAGCGUUUCAGUGUGUACAUCACA